AUGGCCAAGUGGCUCCGGGAGUACCUGGGCCGGGGGCCCGGCGCUCCCCCGCGCCCGCCCCAGCCCGACUACAGCGGCCGCCUCCCCGCGCCACCGGCUCGUGCGGGUGGGGGGCGCGGGCCCGGGGGCGGCCCCCGCCGCCUGCAGCAGGGCCCCGGUGAGAGCGAAUACUCGGAGCCCUUCGAGGGGGAGCAGGACCCGGCGCCCGAGGGCGGCUGCGACGAGGAGGCCGCAGGCUGCCCGCGGCAGGGCGAGGGCCGGCGGGGGCGGCCGCGCCGGGGUCCCCAGCUGUACGACACCCCCUCCGAGGAGUGGGACACGGCCGGGGACGGCCCGGGGGGACCCCCGGCCCGCGAGAGCCGCCUCCCCCGCGACGACGAGCGCCCGGCCGACGAGUACGACCAGCCCUGGGAGUGGAAGAAGGAUCACAUCUCCCGGGCAUUCGCAGUGCAGUUUGAGAGCCCCGAGCGCUCCCCCAGCCUGUCCCGGCCGCUGCCGCGCUCCCCCCGCGGCCCCCGGCCCGCCUGCCCCCCCAGCCCCAGGCACGUGGACACCUCGCUGCCCCUGGAGAAGCAGGCCUGGUACCACGGCCCCAUCGGGCGGGCGGGCGCAGAGACGCUGCUGGCGCUGUGCCGCGAGGGCAGCUUCCUGGUGCGGGACUGCGAGACCAGCCCCGAGGACUACUCGCUGUCCCUCAGGAGCAGCCAGGGUUUCGUGCACGUGAAGCUGACGCGGACCCGGGAGCAGCACUUCACGCUGGGCCGGGCCGGGGCCGCCUUCCCGUCGGUGCCGGCGGCCGUGGGGCAUUACACGGCGCGGGCGCUGCCGGUGCGCGGUGCCCGCCACCUGUCCCUGCUCUACCCCGUGGCCGUGCAGCCCCUGUGAGCCCGGGACCCCCGGCCGCGCCCCCCGCCCCAUUAAACCGCCCUGUCACUCC